AUGUCUGCGGGCUGGCCGAGCGCGAGCACGAUAGCGACGCGCUGCAACUCACCACCCGACAAGUUCUGGACCUCGAGGUCGAUGAGAUCGUCGAUGCGCAGCGGCUUGCAAACGUCGGUCUGGAACUGGGGCAGCAGGAACGACGAGCGGAUCUUCUUGAAGAAGAGCUGGCGCACGGUGCCCUGGAACUUUGGCGAGAUCUUUUGCGGCUUCAUGCUGACCGACAUGGCAGGCAGCUUCUUGCCGUUGUCGGGCAGCAAGCUGCCGGCGAGCAGACGGCAGAAAGUAGUCUUUCCCGUUCCGUUCUCGCCCAUCAUGACGAUGAUCUCAGAGUCGGUGAAGUCGCCGGCCUGGACGCGCAUGUGGAAGUCGCCCAUCGUCUUCUCCAUCGACGGGUACUUGAAACUCCGGCUCUUGUCAAUCAUGAGCAUGUCACCCGCCUCUGCUAAUCGGAACUGCAGCGAUUCCUCGCGGAAACGCAAGUUCUCGGUCGGGAUGUUUCCGUCGAGGAAGAUGUUGAUACCCUCGCGCACGGACGACGGCAAACUGACGACACCGUAG